AUGGCUCGAGAUCGAGGACGCGGGACGACUGCCUCGGCCAGAAAUGCCGCCACGAAUGCGAAUGCGAAAGAGAAGGAGGAGGAGGAGGAGUCCGAGAGCGGCGAUAAAGAACUAGAAGAAGAAGAAGAAGAAUCAGAAGAAGAAAAAGAAGAAAAAGAAUCGGAGGAUGACGACGACAACAAAAACAACAACGAAUCCUCCUCGGGCGACGAGGAGGACGAUAAUAACAAGACAUCGAAUCAACGAAAAGUGGAAACGCCCGAAGCGCGGAAGCGGAGGAUUAAAGACGAGAACAUGGCCAUCGCUCGAGCGCAAUUGGUGAAGGAGAAGGUGCGCUUGUUAACGCAAAAAGCGAACGCGCCGGCGCAAGGGGAGCAGAAGAGGAAGGCGACGCAUUGGUCGUACGUGAUGGCGGAGAUGAAAUGGCUGGCCAGAGAUUUCGCGGCGGAGAGAGAUUGGAAGUUGGAAGCGGCGAGGCAGGUGGCGCUGACGGCUGGGGUAGCCAAUGGCGUGCCGGUGGGAGCGAACGAAAGAAGAAAUCAAAGAGAUGCCAAGGCAGCGAGGCAGGUGGCGAAACAAGUGAGCGCGUUUUGGGAGAUUCGUUGGGAAGAGGCAAAGAAGGUCAAAUUACCCGAAGCGACUGAGCUGGCAAAGCUCGGGUGCGGCGGGAAACGGUUCGCGUUGGAAGCGGCGGAGAGGGAAACGAAUUUUCGAUUACACUCGUCGGCGCAAGCGCAAACGAGUCAGAGGUUACAUCGAGCAGCAGUCAACGCCGCCGCUGCGGGUGGUGGGGGCGGUGGAAGCGAUCCACAAACGCCAAAAAGCGACGACGGAGGUGCGAAUACGAGGACGAAUUCAGCGCGGUCGACGCCGCCGACAAAUGUGAGUACGCCGUUGACAGACGUGACUGGGUACGGCGAAGAUAGUAAAAGAGACGAUGACGAGAUGUUCCUCGUGAGUUUUGAUCCAAAAACGCCGGAGAUUCCUCGUGGAAGUUCCAUGAAAGGCAUAGAAAGGUGGGCGGUUAAGUAUUUGCACCGAUUGGCUUCGUUAGAGAAGGCGAAAGCGGUGCGACAAGCCGUCGACGCGAAAGAAGCCGAAGAGAAAGAGGACGACGAAGAAACGACGAAGAGAGGUGGAGGUCGUAAAGGUAGACAGGCUGCGAGAGGUAAACAAAAAGAUGAAAAGAAAGAACAACCAACGAGAAAAGGGAACAAGAGAAAACGAGACGCGACGCCGGAGCCUCCUCCUUCUGGGAAUACCACCGGUAAAGAUACGGAUGCGGAAGACAUGGAAACAGACGUGGACACUGAAGGCAUGUUGUCGAGUCCGGAGAAAAGAGAGCUACGACGCGCGCAAUACGCCAGAGAUCUUAAAUUGGAUGAUGGUGGAUUAGAAUUAGAUCUGGACGCUUUGAUUGCCCCGUACUCGAUGAACAAGAAGCUCACCAUGCGCGGAUUGAAGAGUUUCAAAAGAGACGACGAAGCCGUGAAGAAAGAAGGAGAAGGAUCUGAUGAUGAAGACGAGGACGACGAUCAGUCCAUGUCCAGCGGUGGUAAGAAUGGCGAAGACGACGACGACGAGAAAUCAGACGCAGCCGAGGACUUCUUCUUUGAUUUUCCAGCUUUGCAGUACGACGCGUACGAAAGCGUUCGCGACGAAUUUGAAAAGAGUGCCAUCGGGAAAGAAGCGAACAAGUUUGCCGAGUACGAAAGGCGACUUCGAGAGUGGGAAGAUCGUGAGAGAACGAGAGAAAGCCACCAACGCGCUCAGCAAAAAACCGCAGGUGGCCAAAAAGGCGCAGCUGGUUCUGGUCCAGACGGGAAGCUCACGCCGUCCGAAGAGCGCAGACGCGCUUUCUUCGCCGCGGCUGCCGCACGAGGUCACUUCUUCGACCAAGAAGGUUACGUCGUCGACAAAAACGGGAAACGUAAGAAGAAUAAGAAAGGUCAGUUUGUUCGGUUUCAUCCGGGGAUGGAGGAGCAGUUUGGCGUCAAGAAGAACGGCAACAAGAAAGGGAAAAAAGAGGGCGCUGCCGCCGCGGGCGAACGAAAAGGCGCCGCGAAGCCGUGGACAGCGACGGAAGAUGCGCUUUUAUGUGCCAUCGUCCACGAGUUUGGCUCGAAUUGGGCACUCGUGGCCGACGCGUUUGGCGCUUCGGCGAGCUUGAAAGGCUCGUAUCGUCGUCCGGAACUGUGCCGAUGGCGCUUUCAACAGCUCACGAGAGCGGUUGAGUUGGAGAACGAUCCGGAAGCUUUCGCCGCGCUCAACUUGGACAAGGGUUCCGCUCGCGUCGUUAUGUCAAGAUCGUUACCGUUGGAGGAUGAAACGGCUAGAUUGCACUUCCAAGCGGUGGCGCACUCGUGCUCUUCAUACGCGAAGAUUCGUCGCGCGGCGUUACGGGAGCGCGUCGGCAUGGAUCCACAGAAGCGCGUUAAACCUCACCAGAGCUGGAAGGAUUGCGUGAAGAUGUUUCCAUUGAAAUCACCGGCAGAGUUGGCGCACUUAGCGAUGAAUCCGAUGCAGCAACAGCAGAUGCAGCAUCAGCAGCAACAACAACAACAACAACAAAUGCAGCACCAACAGAUGCAGAUGCAACAGCAGCCAGGGAUGCAAUAUCCCACUGGCGUCAUCCAACCUCCGCAACACCAGAUGCAAGGUCAAAUGCAAAUGGCUGGUAACGGUGUUCCCAUGCAAGCUCAGCAGCAGCCGCACAUGCAACAGGUGCCGCCGCACGUCCAACAGCAACAGCUGGCUCGCGCGGCUUCGAAAACGGAAGCCGUAGCCGCUGUUGCCGCUCAGCAAAUCUCACCCUCUCAGGUGCCGCAACUUCAUAGAAUGGGAAGUUACCAGCCGCAAGCCGGCAAAGGCCAAGCGGCGAUGAGCGUUGGUGGUAUGGUUGGAUCUUCUCCGGCACGACCAAGAGGAGGAAGUGCUGCCCCGGCUGCCGCUGGUGUUGCAAACGCCGCUGCCGCCGCCGCCGCUGCCGCUGCUACUCCUACGAAUAAUUCAUCGCCUUUAGGAACGGGAGAGAAGCAAGCGAAGCAAGGAUUAGCGCCUGGAAUUCACGCCUUGACGCCGAAAAGUGCCGAAAAAGAGGAGAAGAAAUCGAAAGAGCAAGUGAUCGCGGAGAAAACGAUGAUGACUAGAACGGGCAGAGCAACUAAGAAAGUGAAGAAGUGA